UCGACGCUAAUCGUCUACGUCGCACAGACGUUUUGGAAGAAAAUGUAAACAAUAAGCAGUUCAAUAAAUCACUUGUUGGGAACAUCGUGAUUUUCAGGUCUGAAGGCAAGUACAGUUAUGGUUCAUAGUAGAUCAUCCAGUCCAGACAAUGAUAAAAGACAUGGAAGACAUUCCCAUCAUGAAAGGGGCAGCAAAUACUCUCAAAGGGAUGAGGAACGAUAUUAUAAUCGCAAGAAAUCCAGGUCUAGAUCACCUCUGAGACAGUAUGCUAGAAGCCCAUCUCCAAAACAUCACAUGUCAAAAUAUGGAUCACAUGAACAUUCAAGAGAGAAUGGUACAUCAUUUCAUCACAGAGACAAAAGUUACAAUCAGCAUGGACACAGUAGUAAUAAACUUCCUGAUUUCUUUGACAGGAGACGAUAUGAAAGAGAGAAGAUUGGAGCUGGAGGUGCCCCUGAAUGUUGGGGAAACUCACCGGAACAUGCAUUACAUUCUGAGUCAGAGUCUUCGGGAGAUGGAGAGUUGUCAUCUGGAUCAGAGUCAUCAUCAUCAGGAGAUAAUAAAAAGAAACACAAAAAGUCCAAGAAAAAGAAAAGUAAAAACAAAAAACAUAAGAAAAAGAGUGCAAGGUCAAAGAAAUCUAAGAAGAAAAGAAAAAAGAAGAAAAAGAGAAAAGAUGUAACAGACAGUUCUGAAUCAGAGAGUAGUGGAGAGGAAGAAGAAGAUGGGCAGGUCAUGUGGGUAGAAAAAAAAUCAACAGAUGUUAAUGACGAGGAUUCAAUAGUUGGCCCACAACCACAGACAGACAAAGGAGGAGUACAAACUAAAGUAGAUUAUGGUAAAGCUUUGCUACCAGGAGAAGGAGCUGCAAUGGCUGCCUACAUAGCAGAAGGAAAGAGGAUUCCAAGAAGAGGAGAAAUAGGUCUUACCAGUGAUGAAAUUAAAAUUUUUGAAGAAACUGGAUAUGUAAUGAGUGGAAGCAGACAUCGGAGAAUGGAAGCUGUUCGUUUACGUAAAGAAAACCAGAUUUACAGUGCUGACGAAAAGAGAGCUUUAGCUACAUUUAAUCAUGAAGAAAGGUCAAAGAGAGAGAUAAAGAUUCUCUCCCAAUUUAAAGAAAUGGUUCAUAAAAGGACAAAGAAAGAUUAAUGCAAAUAUUGAUGAUAUUGUACAUAGAUGACAUUAAAUUAAAUAUGAUUUAUUACAUGUA